UUCGUUUCAACCAAUAGCAGCGCUCGUUACUAUGAAGUCUCUCUGUAAGUAACGCGCUUGCGUAAAAACAAAAGCGUUUUAUAGAGCUCACGCGGAAAGGCCAUGGAUUCUCAGGAAAAAAUCCAGCCUCCUAAACAGCAGCCGAUGAUCUACAUUUGUGGAGAGUGUCACACAGAAAACGAGAUCAAGGCCAGAGACCCCAUCAGAUGCAGAGAGUGUGGUUACAGGAUCAUGUACAAGAAGAGGACCAAAAGACUGGUGGUAUUUGAUGCCCGAUGAGAUGCAUCUGCUGUUCUUUCUGUUCGAAUUAGCUUUUUUUUAAUCUUUGAAUGUGUAAAUACAUAAGUAAAAUACAAUUUACAAACAAAAUCUUGAGUGAAUGUUUUCUCUUUGUAUUUGCAAUGUAGAAUUAUAAAGUGAUUUUUUUUUUUCUUUUGGUGCUCAAAUCAUGUUUAGCGAGUUGUUCUUUUCGGGUUUAGGAGGGAUGGGAUACAUUAGUGUAAAUUCACAAGUGAAAUGGCUCAGUUGUUACUAGAGCAGUGAUAAUGAAGCACAGUUGAUGCAGAAAUCCUGUUCAAACCACGCAGCUUUCUGUGGGUCACCGCAGUGAAUUCACAUGACCAGCUUGUGAUCCCGUUGUCAAAUCUGCACGGGGAAAUGUUUUGCCCUCACGCAGUAUUCUCAAUCACAUGAAUUCCUAUCGAAAUGACUGGAUUUCACUCACUCUCGAGCAACAGUAAAUGCGACCACCCCUUCAGUGGAUAGAAAAGGUAAUAUAAAUUAAAGAUUGUCAUGAUAUGUGGUAUCAUUGUAGUGUUUAAUAGAGUAUAAACCUGAUGAUCAUGUGAUCCAACAUGAAAUAUGGGGGGGGGCAUCUUGUGAUUUAAUGGAUGUGAUGAAUUCAGAUGACCGACAUUUGAACAGUGAUCUAGAAAUGGCUUUGUUAUAAAUGUUAUAAAACUUUGUUUUCUCUGUGUCUGGAAAAUGUUUACUAGCCUGCAAAAUUUGUUACUGUGACCAACAUUGAAAUGGCUACACAGAAUAACUGCUGUUUUCUUUUUAAAUGUUUUUUGGCUAUUAUAACACAAAAUAAAUGUUCUGUUUCUUUCAAUGAA